GUAUCCUUGCUAUCCUCCCUAGACGGUACGUUACCGCACGUAUAUGAAGUCUGCCGUCGAAAACCGCCGCUCCGUCUGCAUUUGACUAUCAUUUCGCCCUUACUAGCGUCAACGCCCCAGUUCAUCAUCACACAAUGAACAACCCAUGCCAUGAGCUUACGGCCUUUGUUGAAGAACGUGGCCGGGUCGCCAUGUGGCAUCUGGGUACUCUUCGGGGACAAACAUGGGCGGAAACCCAGAUAUAUGAUGGCACAGGUCCCCGAAGAGGAACUACAUCCCAGAAGGAAAACAUCACUCUCUCGGCCUCAGUGAGAUAAUCAUCCCGGUCCUUCUUAUAUUCGUCUAAUAUGUCCUCGCUCGGAAACUCAUCCUCCAAGGCUUCGCCUCGGGGCACAAGGAUUGGACGGCCUCCUCAGUGGACCGUGUCGAGGUCACGGAAGCUGGCCAGACUGUAUGUCUAUACGACCUUGUCCAUCGGAAGGAUCAUUAAAGUAUUAGAGGAUGAUCUCUUCGCCCCCCGAAAAAACUCGGCCCAAAAGACAGUGCAUAAAAUGCUUGACCAUGACCCCCGUCGUCUGCGGCCUGAGUCACGCGUUGAGAUGGAUCAACGCAUUGACAGUCUCUCAAAGUCUACCAUUCGGAAGCGAACACCGGACAAUGGCAUUGGCCGACCACAUCCUAAUGAGGUUCAGCGAAGGAUAUCCGACUGUUCGACGCUAUACGCCGAGAAGGUGCGCACUUUACUGGACAACUUCACGAUAGCAAGCGGGUCGGAUCUUGAAGACAUACAACGACACUCUUGGUUGGCUGAGUCUUGCGAGUUUCCAGUUACGGACAUUGGCGCCGUCGGGGUUUCUCCCACACCGGGCUAUGCGGUACCAGGUGAUUUCCUGACUGCCCAUACCUUGAACUGUGCUGAACUUCCAGCAUCCGGGCAUGGUAGUGGGACUUGCUGGUGCGCAAUAGUAGCGGAAACGACAAGAGAAGAAGGCUCAUGGUUGAUACCAACCGGAAAGAUACGGGACAAAGUUAGCGACCUGGUCAGAAAUCCAUCACCGGAGGUAUGCCAGUUGCAUGACCCCUUUAGAAACACCCUGCUUCACUUGUUUUCUGCCACAAGUGGCUGUCAAGCGCAGUUGUUUCGGCUCCUACCAUAUGCCGGUAACGCCUUGGGCUUCACCAACACUGCCAACCAGACAUUUCUUCAUGUUUUGAGCCCCGAAUGGUUUACCAACGUUCCAAGCGCCUCGUCGUCUUUGCGAAGACUUCUUGACGUCGUCCGUCCCUCUAAUCCGGACAUCUUUCACGUCACCGAUGUCUAUGGCCGCACCUUCUUCCACCGGGCGGCAUCCCUGGUAGCAGACCGGGAGGUUUUGACCGAUAUCCUAGCAUACUGCAAUAUUGCCAUUCCACUAUCUCGAGAUGCAUUCGGCUUUGACCCAGUCGUCAAUGUCCAGCCGGACCCGACCGUUCUACAAUCUGAAAGUACCAUCCAGGGUAACCCCAUCUCCUACACCCCUCACCAACUCCCCAUCGGCUCGAGCAUGCCGUCCAGAGUCCCCUCCCCCAGCGUCAGCGUUUCUGGUAUCCCCUCUGGAGCAGACGAAGGGCCCUUUCUAACCUACCAUGCCCGCUUAAUCCGAAUCAUACACUCGGCCUAUCCCAAUUCUCUUGUCGAGGACACCGAAGGUCGUAACGGCUUGCACUGCCUGGCAGAAGCCAUCAUCAACCAACAAAGCAUGGACAAACAACGUUCCGCCCUAUCAAUCACCUCCAGUAGCCGUCCCCAUAGGCGUAGCACACAUUCAUCACUCGCAUCGGAACUCAUUCCUAUCCACGUCAUCCAGUCAACUGGCCACACUUCCCACCCUUCUCCUGUCACGAGUACCUUCGGGAUAGUGACAGAGCACGAAAACCCCCUUCCGUCUCGGCUCCGCCACUUACGCUCCCUCCUUCAUCCUUCCUCUGAGCAUAGCGCCGUAGGCGUAAACCCAAACGCGUAUGACAAAUCUGGCUGCACUCCCCUUAUGGCCUUCAUCCAGCAUAUUCCUGAUCACGAAGACGAUAAAUCUUGCACUCUCCAAACCAUCCUCGAAACACUCAUUAGAGGUGGAGCGAGCAUUGAAGCGAGGAAUAGAAGGGGAGAAACGCCCUUGUUGAUGGCGGCGAGGCUGGGAAGAAAGAUUGCCCUGAGCGUGCUGUUGGAGCAGGGGGCCAACAUGCGAGCGAAAGACAGGUGGGGUAGGGGGGUUUUGGAGAUUCUGGACUGGGGGGUCUUGGAUUGUAAUGGUUCUGCUAGUAAAACCCAGGAAGAAAGCUUAACUGGCAGAGAAAAGGGGAUAAAAGAGAGGGAGGAGUUGGCGCUUUAUGCUAGGUUGGAGGCUUGUAGGGGUUUGUUGACGAGACGGAGGGAUUGGGUAGUUGGGUACGUGAGUGAGAAGGAGGAGUAUGGAAUGGGCGUGGUGGGGGAGUGGAGGGUCCAAGGACGACUUGAGACAGAUGCAGAGGAGAGGGAGGUGUGUAUGUGAAGUAGUAGGCGAUGGGUGGAAUUGAUAUAUGGUGGCCGGCAUUGAGAUUUGAGGUGGAGCAAAAAAUAAGAUUUCGACAACAGGCAUGGGUAUGGGCAGGACAUUCGGCGCAGUAUUGGCUUCGGCAUCAAUAGACUUGGUUCGCAUGGCAGGCGGGAAACAGACUACGGAUCAACAUACCUCUACCUACUACAUA